AUGUUCUCUUCUUAUAAAUCGCUGACGGGUCUUUCCAGUGGUCAAUACAUGUUGCCGCACGACGAGAAAGAAGCCGAAAGGCUGGAUAUGAUGAACACCAUGAUCAGAGUAUCUCGGCCCGCGGGUCCCACGAGGCUGACUCUUGUUCCAAUGGAGUCUCUCAAAAGGCCGGCCUCAGCGCUUAGUGAGAGAGUACGAAUUCUCGACUUGGGCUGCGGCACAGGUGUGUGGAUGAACGAACUGGCUCAACAACUGCCUGAUGCCGAAUUUGUCGGCGUCGAUAUUCACUACCAAGGGCCUUCUUCUUUGCUUCCCAAUGUUGGUAUCCGAGCCCCGUGGGAUUAUGAGGGACCAUGGGCUUUGGGUGAAAGGUCUUGGGACAUGAUCCAUCUCCAAAUGGGACUAGGCAGCGUCUCUGACUGGCUCGGACUCUUUCGCAAGGUGCUUCGGCACCUGGUUCCUGGCAAGGGAUACUUUGAGUCUGUCGAAAUUGAUUUUCAGCCGAGAUGUGACGAUGGCACGUUGAAGCCCGGCAAACUGACCGAUUGGUGGGAUCUGUAUAUCAAAGGAUCGUACGAAGCCUUCAAUCGUCGUCUACACUAUGAACCCACAACAGGUGAAAUGCUCAAAGCCGCGGGAUUUGAGGAGAAGGAUAUUUUCCAUACGGUUUAUAAGAUCCCCCUGAACGACUGGUCCAAGACGAACCGAGAGGCUGGCGCAUGGUGGCAGAUUUGCAUGUCACCCGGGGUCAAUGAAACGGGAGGCUUUGGUCUCGAGGCCAUGAGUCUGGCUCCUCUGUGCAAGUUUUCCAACUGGCCGCCCGAACAUGUCAAGCGAUUGUGCGCUGAAGCUUUCGCUCAAGCCGCAGAUCCCAAUGUGCACGCCUACAACGAGCUGCACGUAUGGACAGCAAGAGCACCUAGCCUAAACGACGGCUGA